AUGGCGUUGUAUUCGCCUCUCCGAAUGCAUGAUCUAGGCCAUCAGCCUGAAGACGCUGAAGAGGAUAUUCUCCUCCCCGGCAAACACAUCACCUCUGAGUACCGCACUGUGGACCCCCCAUCUAAACGGCUUGCUUGGGCGGCGCUAGUGUUACAGGUCAUCGCAGUUAUUUGCGCGUAUGUAUUGUAUAACAUUGCCUCUGCCUCUGUUUCCAGGCAACGUAAUGUCCAAGGGUUGCGUCAGCCGAACCAGAAUCCGGGUAUAGAAUUGGUGGGCAGCCCUCAACAAAACCAAAAGGCACCAAAGUUGUACUUUCCAAGCGCUAUAGUGCGGGUGAACAAAGCCUUACCUGACCAAGUGUAUACUUCAGGCUCGCACGUCAUACUGAGUGACAGCGACUCGAUGUUCUUUCAGUGGCACCUCGGCCAGUCCAGAUUUACCUCUUGCUAUAUCGACAGCAUUGUUCCCACUGUGGAAGAUGGUCUGGCGGCCAACAAGUCCUAUACUUCAUCUGGGUCCACCACCGAAAUCCAAAUUUGGAAUGUUACCACUGUUGAAGGCAUGACGAGCCUCAGCUGGAACACGCGACCCCAACGAAUUGCACUAAUGGGAACUGUCGCAUUCCUUCCUGAGAAAGAGAAGAUCGAGCAGUUAGGACUCGAAGACGGCUGGCAGUCACGGCUGGCAACGCGGUUCUCGUGUGGUAAGGAAGCGGCUGUUGUUACCAUCGAAGUUGCCUGCGAUAGUUGUAAAAUUGAAUUCGAGCAGAUAUUCUCGAUUCCUCCGUUGGCUUUCGACCUGAUGGAAAUAGGUUAA